AGCCAAUGAGGAGUAGCCAAUAAGACACGGGGCACACGUCAGGUUUCAAGCAACGUGCAGCCACGACCAGUAGCGCGUGGAUAUCACCGCCCAAUCAGCAACAUACACAACUCCAACAUAUAUUAGCACUGAGGCACACGCGUUAACAGCGCGAGUGAAACUGGAGGGUUGCCUUUUUGCCACCCCAUUUUCAUGAUUGGUCCACCGAUAAUCAAUCACACAGCGAGAAAUAGCUGCCCGCCCCAAAAAAUCCGCGGGGCAGAAGUAUAAUUUAGGAGAAAUAGAGGGGCAUUCCGAUUUGUUGGAAUAAAUUGUGGCGCUUGGCUGUUGUAUUUGGGUCGUAGUUGUGGUACACAAAGAAUCCCAUAAAUCGUUGCUGUGAAGGCGGAAAAUUGUUGUAGUUUUAGGUUAGGAUACAACAAAAAAGGGAAGGAAUUUAUUUGGGGAGGGGUCAAUUGGGAGAAGACAGAUUAGAGAUCUGUUUCGUUUUCGAGUCCUCGCGAUCCGUCAAUCGUACCAAUGGGUCUCUGGGAAGCUUUUCUCAAUUGGCUUAGAAGCCUUUUCUUCAAGCAAGAAAUGGAACUGUCACUUAUAGGUCUUCAGAAUGCUGGAAAAACUUCGCUUGUAAAUGUUGUCGCUACUGGUGGAUACAGUGAAGAUAUGAUCCCUACGGUAGGAUUUAAUAUGCGGAAAGUCACAAAAGGCAAUGUCACAAUAAAGCUGUGGGAUCUUGGAGGUCAGCCCAGAUUUAGGAGUAUGUGGGAGCGGUAUUGCCGUGCAGUUUCUGCAAUUGUUUACGUUGUUGAUGCUGCUGAUCCUGAUAAUAUCAGUAUCUCUAAAAGCGAACUUCACGAUUUGUUGAGCAAACCAUCACUAAGUGGGAUUCCAUUGCUGGUUUUGGGGAACAAGAUUGACAAGAAUAUGGCCCUGUCCAAACAAGCAUUGACUGAUCAAAUGGGUUUGAAGUCGAUCACGGACAGGGAAGUAUGCUGCUUCAUGAUCUCAUGCAAGAAUUCAACCAACAUCGACCAAGUAAUUGACUGGCUGGUGAAGCAUUCAAAGUCAAAGAGCUGAGCAUAAGACAAGGUGUCGACUGCAACUGAAAGUGCAACCUGUUGUGUUAUAGAUUUUUUUUGUCUGGAGUUUGCUAUUGUUGUGCACCAAUUUAUUUGUGGCCGAUGGGUUGCUGCUGCCUGCUUUUUAUUUAAAGUAUCUGUGUAAUAUAUGUCAACUCACAUUUGCUUUAUAUUCUCUAACUUAUGUCACUCUCUCUUUCUUUGGGCUUUAAUCCCAAUUUAUUGCUUUCUA